GAGAGAUAAGCACCAAAAAUGGGAGAAGAAGACACAACAUGGGAGCAAAGGAUCAAUGCCUUGACUCACAUCCUCAUCAACCCAACAACCACACCACCUCUCCAUUCCCAGUUCUUUAUCUCCACCCAAAUUCCAUGCUACCUAAACUGGGAAUACCCACCAGUCCUCUGUACCAAAUACUCUUCCUCUAUUCAUCUCAAAUGGGGCAUCUCCCUCUUCCUCAAAAGGGUCUUCAAAUUUGGCCCCCCUGAGAUUUCUUGGAGAUCCAAGUGCCCAUAUCAGAUCCCUCCACCAUUGAUCCUGGCUAAAGGAGUAGAAGAAGCUCAGUGGGAUCCAGAGCAGAAGAGACUGCAGUUCAGGAAGAGGCUAAGAAGAAAACGCUACGGGGUUGAUGUUAAUCCUUGGAUUCCUUUUCUGAUUCCCAAUAUGUUGUUGUUAUCUCUUCUUCUUUGGAACCCAUAUCCCUAAAAGUGGUUGAUUCUUGUUGAUCCUAUCUGGGUUUCUGGGAAAUUUGUGUUUAUUAAUGCUUGAUUAUUAUAUCAAAGAAUGAAUCUUUCAGCUG